GGUCCUUUUUAUUUUUUUUUUCCCCUGUAAAAAAAAAAUUAAUUAUUAUUAGCAUUAGUCAUGCGUACCCUCGAGUGUGAGUUCUCGCACUUCGCCGUGCACCCCGGCCACGGCCGCCGCUACGUACCCUUCGCGUUCCUGUCCACUAAGCCGGUGCUAACCUUCUCCAGCCCGAAGUCCUUCGCGAUGUACCGGCGAAAGAAGAACCCGCGCUUCGUUCCGUGGACGCGGACCUUCCGCAGGAUCAACCGGAAGGUCGCGACCGACCGCGUGACGCGCCGCCGCGCCGCCCGCAGCGUCCACCUGCCCCGCGCGAUCGUCGGUGCGGAUCUCUCCUACAUCCAGGAGGUCCGCGCCCGCGCCCAUAAGGAGGAUCGCACCGCCCAGGCGAAGGCCGUCCGCGCCGAAAUGGCGGAGCGAAAGGCCGCCAAGAAAUAAAACCAAGGAUGGUGGGAUUGAAGGACACAUGACUAUAAGGACUACUCUUGUUAUUUUAUUCUAGUUUGAUAA